GCUCGGGGUCCAGCCGACCAGCAGACCCGGCCGGGCCUGGGAGGACAGACAGCCGCCGGCCCUCACUACCCACUGAGCCCGACCCGUGAGGGUUCCCUCAGGUUUCCGAGGGCCUCGCUCCCGCGAUGGACGUGUCCCCCGAGCAGCAGGGCGGAGCCCCUGUGCUGGUCCGCCGGCGGCCCCCGCCGCCCCCGGGCCUGCGCCGGACGCUGAAGGCCAGGCUGCGGCGGAGCUGCGUGUGCAGCGCGCGGGGGGCGCGGGCGCUGGUGCAGGGCCUGUUCCCCGCCACCCGCUGGCUGCGCAGGUACAGCCCGCGGGAGGACCUGGCGGGCGACGUCGUGUCCGGGCUGGUCAUCGGCAUCAUCCUGGUGCCCCAGGCCAUCGCCUACUCGCUGCUGGCAGGGCUGCAGCCCGUCUACAGCCUCUACACGUCGUUCCUCGCCAACCUCAUCUACUUCCUCAUGGGCACCUCCCGCCACGUCUCCGUGGGCAUCUUCAGCCUGCUCUGCCUCAUGGUGGGGCAGGUGGUGGACCGGGAGCUCCUGCUGGCUGGCUUCGACCCUGCCCAGGACGGCGCCGGGCCCGGGGACAACGGCAGCGCCCUCAACGCCUCAGCGGCCAGCCUGGCACCCGGGCUGCGGGACUGCGGGCACGACUGCUAUGCCAUCCGCGUGGCCACCGCCCUCACGCUGAUGGCUGGGAUUUACCAGGUCCUCCUGGGCGUCCUGCGCCUGGGCUUCCUGUCCGCCUACCUCUCGCAGCCACUGCUUGACGGCUUCGCCACGGGGGCCUCGGUGACCAUCCUGACGUCCCAACUGAGGCACCUGCUGGGGGUGCGGGUGCCCCGGCACCAGGGGCUGGGCCUGGUGGUCCGCACGUGGCUGAGCCUGCUGCAGAGCGCCGGGCAGGCCAACCUGUGUGACGUGCUGACCAGCGCCGUGUGCCUGGCCGUGCUGCUGGCCGCCAAGGAGCUCUCGGACCGCUGCCGGCACCGCCUGAGGGUGCCGCUGCCCACGGAGCUGCUGGUCAUUGUGGCGGCCACGCUUGUGUCCCACUUCGGGCAGCUCCACGCCCGCUUCGGCUCCAGCGUGGCCGGCGACAUCCCCACCGGCUUCGUGCCCCCGCGGGUGCCGGACCCGGAGCUGAUGUGGCGCGUGGCACUGGACGCUGUGCCCCUGGCCCUCGUGGGCUCCGCCUUCUCCGUCUCGCUGGCGGAGAUGUUUGCCCGCAGCCACGGCUACUCCGUGCGCGCUGACCAGGAGCUGCUGGCCGUGGGCUGCUGCAACGUGCUGCCCGCCUUCUUCCACUGCUUUGCCACCAGCGCCGCCCUGGCCAAGAGCCUGGUGAAGACGGCCACCGGCUGCCGCACGCAGCUGUCCAGCGUGGUCAGCGCCGCCGUGGUGCUGCUGGUGCUGCUGUGGCUGGCGCCGCUGUUCCGGGACCUGCAGCGCUGCGUCCUGGCCUGCGUCAUCGUCGUCAGCCUGCGGGGGGCCCUGCGCAAGGCCCGGGACGUCCCGCAGCUGUGGCAGCUCAGCCGGGCCGACGCGCUGGUCUGGGUGGCCACGGCGGCCACCUGCGUGCUGGUCAGCACCGAGGGCGGGCUGCUGGCGGGCCUGCUCCUCUCGCUGCUCAGCCUGGCCGGCCGCACCCGGCGCCCCCGCGCCGCCCUGCUCGCCCGCAUCGGGGGCUCCUGCUCCUACGAGGACACGGCGGAGUUCGAAGGCCUGGUCCCCGAGCCCGGGGUGCAGGUGUUCCGCUUCGCAGGGCCCCUCUGCUACACCAACAAGGACUUCUUCCUGAGCUCCCUCUACAGCCUCACGGGGCUGGACGCGGGGCGCGCGGCUGCCGGGAGGGCGGGGCGGGGCCCGGAGCCCCUGGUCAGCGAGGACCGGGGCCCAGCGAGCAGCACGGCCGCGCUGGUGCCCGCACCGGCGGCGGGCUUCCACACGGUGGUCAUCGACUGCGCCCCGCUGCUAUUCCUGGACGCGGCCGGCCUGGCCACCCUGCGGGACUUGCGAAGAGACUACGGGGCGCUGGGCAUCGCCCUGCUGCUGGCCUGCUGCAGCCCCCCGGUGAGGGACGCCCUGCGCAGAGGGGGCUUCCUGGGGCACGGCCAGGAGGGCGCGGGGGAGGAGGCGCAGCUGCUCCACAGCGUGCACGACGCCGUGCAGGCGGCCCGAGCCCGGCACAGGGAGCCAGCGCCCGCCAACUCCUCUCUGUAGCGGAGGCGGCACCGCCCAGACCCAGUCCCAGGGGUGCCCACGCCGAACCCCUCACAGCACCACCCUCACCACCGAUCACCCAGACCGACUCCUCCCGGGCAUGGUGCCAUGUCCUCCCGGGAGGGACAAGGGAGCCUUUAAAACAGACGCCACCUCUGUGCGAAGCUGGAUCCUGGCGCUGUGCGUCGCGGGGGCCAGGCUGACACCCAGUGUUACUGUCUUAUUUGAACGAGGACCCGAGACAACCCUGUGGCCUGCCAGAUGCCAGAAGGACACUGGGCCCUGGGCCCCCGCAGCCCCUCCCACCGGUGAGAGCGGGCAGCUCUGGCCAGGGCCUGGGCGUCUGUGUCUCUGGCAGCUCCCCCAACACACACACCCAAGUGUCCCUUACACCUGGGCCCAGGCCCCGGCUAGGCCUGCAGGGCCCAAGGCCCUGGUGUGACCAGCGUAACCUCAGUCGGCCCGUGGGCACCACAUCCCUGCACAGCCCGACUCACGAACACCCAGCACAUGUCUAGCUGGUUAGGCUCAGUGGACAGAGCGUCAGCCUGUGGGCUGAAAGGUCCCAGGUUUGAUUCCGGUCAAGGGUACACGCCUGGGUUGCAGGCUCGAUCCCCAGCGGGGGGCGUGCAAGAGGCAGCCAGUCAAUGGUUCUCUCUCAUCACUGAUGUUUCUAUCUUUCUCUCCCUCUCCCUUCCUCUCUGAAAUCAAUAAAAA